AUGAUCUCUAUCUCUCUCUCUCUGUCUAUCUCUCUCUCUCUGUCUAUCUCUCUCUCUCUGUCUAUCUCUCUCUCUCUGUCUAUCUCUAUCUCUCUCUCUCUAUCUCUCUCUCUCUAUCUCUCUCUCUCUCUCUCUAUCUCUCUCUCUCUAUCUCUCUAUCUCUCUCUCUCUCUCUAUCUCUCUCUCUCUCUCUAUCUCUCUCUCUCUCUCUAUCUCUCUCUCUCUCUCUCUAUAUAUAUAUAUAUAUAUAUAUAUAUAUAUAUAAUCUCUAACUCUAAUGGAACAAGAUUUUUAAAGAAGUAUUGGGACAGGAGUAAUAUUAAAUUAUCCACUUUUUUCCCUUUUUUUCUCUUCUCUUUCUCGUUUUUUCUCUUCUCUUUCUCGUUUUUUCUCUUCUCUUUCUCGUUUUUUCUCUUCUCUUUCUUGUUUUUUCUCUUCUCUUUCUCGUUUUUCUCUUCUCUUUCUCGUUUUUCUCUUCUCUUUCUCUCGUUUUUUUCUCUCUUUCUCUCGUUUUUUUCUCUCGUUUCUUUCUCUCGUUUUUCUCUUCUCUUUCUCUCGUUUUUCUCUUCUCUUUCUCUCGUUUUUCUCUCUUUCUCUCGUUUUUUUCUCUCUUUCUCUCGUUUUUUCUCUCUUUCUCUCGUUUUUUUCUCUCUUUCUCUCGUUUUUUCUCUCUUUCUCUCGUUUUUUUCUCUCUUUCUCUCGUUUUUUUCUCUUUCUCUCGUUUUUUCUCUUUCUCUCGUUUUUUCUCCCUUUCUCUCGUUUUUCUCUUUUCUCUCUUUUUUUUCUCUCUUUCUUCUCUUUCUUUUCUCUUCUCUUUUUCUUUUCUCUUUCUCUCAUUUUCUCUUCUCUUUCUCUCAUUUUCUCUUCUCUUUUCUCAUUUUUCUCUUCUCUUUCUCUCGUUUUCUCUUCUCUUUCUCUCGUUUUCUCUUCUCUUUCUCUCGUUUUCUCUUCUCUUUCUCUCGUUUUCUCUUCUCUUUCUCUCGUUUUCUCUUCUCUUUCUCUCGUUUUCUCUUCUCUUUCUCUCGUUUUCUCUUCUCUUUCUCUCUUUUUCUCUUCUCUUUCUCUCAUUUUCUCUUCUCUUUCUCUCAUUUUUCUCUUCUCUUUCUCUCAUUUUCUCUUCUCUUUCUCUUCUCUCGUUUUUCUCUCUUUUUCUGUUUCUCUUUCUCGUUUUUCUUCUUUUUCUCUUCUCUUUUUUCUCUCGUUUUUUUCUUUUUCUUUUCUCUCAUUUUUCUCUUCUCUUUCUCUCAUUUUUUUCUCUUCUCUUUCUCUCAUUUUUUUUCUUUCUCUCAUUUUUCUUCUCUUUCCCUCAUUUUUUUCUCUUUUUUCUCUCUCUUUUUUCUCUUCUCUUUCUCUCAUUUUUUCUCUUCUUUUCUCUUUUUUUCUCUCUCAUUUUUUCUCUCUCUUUCUCAUUUUUUCUCUUUCUCUCGUUUUUCUCUUCUCUUUCUCUUUUUUUCUUCUCUUUCUCUCGUUUUUUCUCUCUUUUUUUUUUCUCUUUCUCUCGUUUUUCUCUUCUCUUUCUCUCGUUUUUCUCUUCUCUUUCUCUCGUUUUUUUUCUAUUUCUCCUUUUUUUUCUAUUUCCCUCGUUUUUUUCUCUCUUUCUCUCGUUUUUCUUUCUCUUUCUCUCGUUUUUCUCUCUCUUUCUCUCGUUUUUCUCUCUCUUUCUCUGUUUCUCUCUCUUCGUUUUUCUCUCUUUCUCUCUCAUUUUUUCUCCUCUUUUCUCUCUUUUCUCUCUUCUCUUUCUCGUUUUUCUCUUCUCUUUCUCAUUUUUCUCUCUUUCUCAUUUUUUCUUCUUUUUCUCAUUUUUUCUCUUUCUCUCGUUUUUCUCUCUUUCUCUCAUUUUCUCUUCUCUUUCUCUCGUUUUUCUCUUCUCUUUCUCUCGUUUUUCUCUUUUUUUUCCCUCGUUUUUUUCUCCUUUUUUUUUGCUCGUUUUUUUCUCCUUUUUUUUUCCUCGUUUUUUCUCUUUCUUCUCCUUUUUUUCUUUUUUGCUCUUUUUUUCCCCCGUUUUUCUCGGGAAAAUUUAAAUAA